AUGAAUUCCGAAACGCUAUCGCCAUUUAGUAUUAAUCUGAUCUCUGAUUAUGAUGAUAACUUCAAUGAUGUUAAGGUUUAUUUCGAUAUUGAUAGCUGCGGUGGGUUUGCUUCUAGUCUUGAUGUCGCUCGUAUUGGACUUAAUUGGAGAUCUGAUUGUAUCUCUUUAAGCAACCUCCGAAGCUCAUUACAUCUGCCAAAGAUAGAAGUGGAAUGGGAUGAUCCAGAAAGCCACCGCCGCCAUAAAGUCCAUCGACCUAUUCACCAGAUUCCACAUCUCCUAUUUGGUAAUCUUGAAGGUGAUUAUAGAACUGAAGUCUACCUCAUCUUCCCUGGUCUCUAUAGCCCCCGUGACAAAUGGGUGAUAACUCGUGAUGAGUAUACCACCUGGACGGAUAAGAUCUUACUUCCAGCAAUCAAGGAGGUCUACCCUAUAUCCCUCAACCAGCACAUUCCUUCAAGUGCAGCCCAUAUCCAGCUCAACGCUACUGCUUCAUCAAAAGAGAACCAGGUAGGAGGUGAUUCCCAUAAAACUUCUCCCUAG